AUGGUGCGUCGUGGCAGAGGCAAGUGGUGGCAGCCAAAUGGAGUCAAGUGCCUGGUGCCUGUCACGUUACAGUGGCCAACAGCGCUGAAGAAGCGAAACAUCCCGUCCGCAGCGGUGUCCCUCCCACGUCCACUGCGAGCCCCUGCAGCAGGCCACAAAUUGGUGAAGGCUGCCCUUUCGGGUAGCGUGCCCGCGGCGGCAGCCGACAGCAUCGGAUCGAGCACCGGUCGUGCAGCACGCAUCUGCCGCGCCCACGCCCUGUUCCCGCGUGGCACCCCUGCCCAAGCAGCUACCACAUCGUCAAAUCGUUGA